AUGGAAUUCAAAUUCCUAUCCAUAAGAGAAGCAAGUGACAAAUCCGAUAAGCAUUUCAUAUACCAAUUUGAGGUUAAGUAUAAGGAUUGGCAAGUUGUCCUUGAAAAACGCUAUUCAGAGUUCUUAGAACUUCAUAGGGUGAUGAAAUUAAUUAGAAUUUCUAUCAACCAGCCACUUCCUCAUUUCCCUGGCCAAAUGCUGUUUAAGACUUUGUUUCGUAAAGUUAGUUCUGAAGACAUUGAGGAAAGAAAAGUUGGGUUAGAAAGUUAUAUGAAUGAAUUGAGCAAAGGAAUAUGCGCAAAAAACAGCAAAUAUUUCCCAGAUUUUAUUUCACUUCCUGCCAGGCUUCGUGAUGAGUAUAUGCAAGAUAUAUAA